AUGCUCCGAACACUCUGCGCACACCUCGCACCGCGGCGACCACUCCGCACCCCCUCGUCGACCACCACCCGCCUCAUCUCGUCGUCCUCGCCCGCCUCCGCACCCGUACAAGCAGCAGCAGCCUCCCGAGCACGACCAUCCACACCCAAGAACAAAGGCAAGGGGAAAGCCGCCGCCGCAGCCGCCGCUCCCGCCCCCUCGCACUACCUCAUCACCCUCCUCCGUUCGCCCAACCACCUCGGCGCGACAGUCUACUCGACCACGCGCGUGCUCGGGCUCACCAAGCGCCUCUCGUCCGUCAUCGUCCCCAUCAACCCCGUCAACGCGGGAUACAUCCUCCGCAUCAAGGAACUCGUCGGAGUGCGCCUGGUCUCGGGCGAGGAUGUGCAGAGGUGGGCGAGCAAGGAGUGGAGGGAGCGGCCGGGAGAGGGCAACCAGGGCAGCGGGUUGAGGGUCAUGGGCGGCGCAGGACCGAACGCGGUCAUUCGCGUCGGGAGCGAGCGCGCGAGGGGCGACGAGCGCGGGUUCAAGGUCGUCGGGCGGGCGUCGCCGUUGUGA